UGAUCCUAUGAAUUCCAAAAUGAAACAGAAAGUGAACACAGAAAAAUCAUCAGGAUCUCUGCAGAAGUACCUCACAGACAGCACAUGCAGUACUGCCCCAAGACGGACUCUUAAAAUGAUUCAGCCUUCAGCAACAGGUUCUCUGGUUGGCAGGCGUAAUGAGAAGAAGUCUUCAGCCAAAAGGAAACUUUGGAAUAACAAGUUCACCUCAAAGGCUUGUAAAGCAGGGGUGUCUGUGGGCAAAGAACAAGAAAAUGAGAAUAUGAAUGAUGGCAUUCAAGCUGUAGAUCUCAUGAUAAAAGGAAGCCCUUCAUCUCUGUAUUGGAAAGAAGUUGCGGAAGAAAGGAGGAAGGCUCUGUAUGAAGUGCUUCAAGAAAAUGAGAAGCUGCACAAAGAAAUUGAACAAAAAGAUGGUGAAAUUGCCCGCCUGAGAGAAGAAAAUGAAGAGCUAAUGUCCCUUGCUGAACAUGCUGGUCAUCUGAUGAACAUGAUUGAGAGUCUAACUGAGCAAGCCCCUAACAAUCUUGAGACACUGAAGAAUUCAGCUGUAGAGGGAUCUGAACAAGAAAAUGAAGAGCUUAACUGUGGAGAUGAUGCAGACAGCUCUUCUGAAGGGCCAGCAGAAGUAUUGUAUGGCUCAAGGGAGAGUGUAUCAGAUCUUGCUUCAGAGGAAACAAAUUUGCAACUGGAAUGACCAUCUUCAAUAGGCUUAUGUAUGUGGCUUUUAAUUGCAGACUUCCUUUUGAAGGAUAUACUAAAACUUCUCAGGUAUAGAAACUCUUGUGUAAGCAUCACAGAUUUUUUUUGACUGGAAUUAUGUAGCAGUGGGAUUAUCUAAAUACUGCUUAGAAAACUUAACUACAGGCUGCAUUUAGUUGCUUGUAUCGAAUGCAAAUACUGUGUAUUUUAAACUGUUCUGUAAAUAUCAGUUGGUCUGACAUGAUAAAUGCAAAUUGAUAAAUAAAUAUUUGCCUUAUCAAAACAGCCUUUUAUUGGGUGGGGAAUGGCUAGUUCUAGGUUUGUGGGUCAAUUGUGACUGCUGUAGAAGAAACUUUUCAGCUUUUAGGGAGUGCUUAGACAGUUUUUAACUCCUAUAAUCUACAGAAUUCUGGAGAACACUGGUUUUAAUGGAUAGGUAAAGCAAAAUGAAACUUGUGUGUUGUUGGUGAGGCUUCAGAAAGACAAGAAUGGGUAAUAAGAAUCAAGAUAUAAAGUUUAGAUUUAUGCUUUUCGGGUGGUGUGAAAUAAUUGCCUCUGUCUUAAGGGAGCCUUUUCCAAGUUAUAUUGAGAGAACUUAAGUGUACAGGGUAUCAGACAAUCUGUUUUAGAAAGACUUUUAUUGACUUAAAAAGAAAAGGUGGGGUGUUCUUGCUCCUCAUAGCAGGUGUACUGAAAAUUAAAUGGAGACAAGGCAACUUACACUUCGGAGCUAUUUUGAAAUGAAACUCAAUGUCUGUUUUCAAAAUGCUGCUCUGGUAUUUACUGAGUGAUAAGGUACAUUAUUACUAAGGCAGUAACAUUGUGAAGGGCUUACAGGUAUACAAAGCAUUCUUUAAAACUUUGAGCAGCCUAUCUGGCAUCCAUAUGGGGUGGAGAAAUGCUUGCAGUUGAGAACACUUGGGUAGGAGGGAGAAUAAGCUGAAUACAGGUUUUCUGUUCCUGAGUGAACUCAGCAGUUUUUCUGUAAGUAACGUCUUCCCAAGGAUAGGCUUUAAAAGAUGAUGGACAUUGUGAUGUCUGGUGAAAAGCUGAAAGUUGAGUGGCUUUCAGGAGGCAGAAAUAAUUGGAGGGAUUCUGGUUUAUGGAUCUGUCAGGCCAUAAUGGCUGCUUCAGGGUAUGUGUAAACAAACUUGUGGAGCAUCAGAUUGGCACCUUUAGGUUCCUUCCUUUAGGUUCUGACAUCAUAAUUGAUGUCAGUUGUGAUAUUUGGGGAAUGUCAGAACCAUCGUAGGAAGUAAUAUUCUUUGUCUCCAUUUUGCCUUGA